AGCCUGGAGAGCUGCGCGGGCUGCUCGCCGGCUUCCCUGCGGCUGUUGCGCCCCCUCUGCGCUCGCAGACUGGGGGUUCUGUGUGGCUACCCGGGCUCCGUCUGUGGGUCCCCGUCGCUGCCGUCGGGCGCACCCCUCCUUCCUGUCGGGCGCCGUCCGAGGCAAAAGCCGGAUUAGGAGACCACGGUCAGAUUGACUCUCGAGGAGUCUCUGCCCGGGGAGAGCAGUUCCGGAGACAGAUGGCCCCAACGCUACCCAGAAACCACAUCCAGGGAUUGCUGACAUUUGGGGACGUGGCAGUGGACUUUACACAGAUUGAAUGGAGGCACCUGGAUCCUGCCCAGAGGGCCCUGUACAGGGAUGUGAUGCUGGAGAACUAUGAGCACCUGGCGUCCAUGGGGCUUCUCUCUUCCAAACCCAAACUGAUCACCCAGCUGGAGCAGGGGGCAGAGCCCUGGAUGGAGGUGCAAGAUGUUCCAUCGGGUACCUGUGCAGUCCAGGAGUACUGGUUUGAAACAACGAUGUCAACCGUAAGGCAGCAUACUUCUGAAGAAUCUGUUCUGGAAGAUGGACCAAAAAGUGUCAUGAUGGAAGGAGACCUGGACUGGGAGGGAAGAAGUUCCACAGAUAGGAAGCCCUAUAAAUGCAAGGAAUGUGGGAGAGUCUUCAAAUAUAAUUCUUCCUUUAUUAACCACCAGAGAAAUCAUACUGGUGAGAAACCCCAUAAAUGUAAAGAAUGUGGGAUAGCCUUUAUGAGUAGCUCAUCCCUUUUAAAUCAUCAAAAAAUUCAUAUGGGCAAGCAAUCUUAUAGAUGUGUUGAGUGUGGGAAAUUCCUCAAGAAGCACGCAACGUUUAUUAAUCAUCAGAGAAUUCAUUCUGGAGAGAAACCCCAUAAAUGCAAUGAUUGUGGAAAAACUUUCAAGAAGAACUCAAUCCUUUUAAGUCAUCAGAGAACUCAUACUGGCCAGAAACCCUACAAAUGCAAUGACUGUGGGAGAGCUUUUGCUCAGAAUGUAGCCCUUACUCGUCAUGAGAGAAUACAUAGUGGAGAGAAGCCCUUUAAAUGUAAUGAAUGUGGGAAAGCUUUCAGGGAUAGCUCAACUGUAUGGGAACAUCGAAAAAUCCAUACUGGAGAGAAACCUUAUUGGUGUAAUGAAUGUGGAAAGGUCUUUAGGAGAAGCUCAACGCUUAUGACUCAUCAAAGAAUUCAUACAGGAGAGAAACCCUAUCACUGUAGCAAAUGUGGAAAAUCUUUUAUGUAUAGCUCAUCCUUUACUGGGCAUCAGAAAACUCAUAGUGGAAGUAAGCCCUAUCAGUGUAAUGACUGUGGGAAAAGCUUUACGACACGCUCAACCCUUAAUGGACAUCUGCGAAUUCAUACUGGAGAAAAACCCUAUCCUUGUAAGAAGUGCGGGAAAGCCUUCAGGCACAGCUCAGGCCUUAUUGAACAUCAGAGAAUCCAUACUGGAGAAAAACCUUACAAGUGUAAUGAAUGUGGCAAGGCUUUUUCCCACUGUUCAUCCUUUAAACAGCAUAAGAAAACUCAUAACAAAGACAGACCCAUCAAAUGUAGUGUGGUAAAUCAUUAAGAAAUAGGUUAUUCCUUCUGAUCAGGAGGAGACAUUUAAAAAAAUUGCUCAUUUAACAAAAAUAUUCUGAAUGUGUCUAUCCUGAGAGCUUCUCACUUGUGAGGAUGUUCAUUGUACUAGUGAAACAUGGGAAGAACCUAAGUGUCAAUCAAUAUGGAAAUAGUUGCUAUGGAGCACAAUGUAGCAAUUGAAAAGAAUGAGGUAGAACUCCCUAUAGGACCAUAGAAAGAUCCCCAUGAUAUCUUGUUAAAUUAAAGAAGCAAGCUGGAGAAAAUCUUAUAUAUCAUGGUCUCAUUUAUUUAUAUAUUAAAAAAUGAUGCUAUUUUUAUGUAUGUACAUCUAUUUAUGUUAUGAUCAAAAAGAUUUGGAAAAAUAAAGGUCAGACAUUAACAGUAGUUAUCUUUGAGGUGGAUGGACUCUUGGUAUUAUGAGGGGACAUUUUGGCUUUGGUUGUGUUCUUUGAGAUUUUCAUUAAAGUAUACAUUUAUGUUUC